AUGAAAAUUCAUAAGUCAGAAGAAGAAUACAAAAUCUUUUUCGAAAGUAUUAGUCCCAUAAAAUUAACUGAAAGCCGAUAUUUAAAAUUGAAUACUCAAAGUUGGGGUGUUUUGACAGAUUAUUUCAUAGAAUGUGUAAAAAUAAAUCGUUUUAAACCAAAUAAUGUUUCAUCUACUGCAAUUUUGAAAGUUGGUGAUGAAUCAGGACAAGUAACUUGUUUUGUAAAAGGAAGAACUGUAGGUCUACUGUUUGGUUUAACUGAGACAGAAUGGUCAGAUGUUGAAGAAAUGUGCGAUUGUGGUCAACAACUGUUUUAUAGAUACUUUAAAGAUGGCCUGAGCAAGAAUUUUAAUUGUGAACAAAAACAUUUCUACAAUUUUUGUCUUAGCAAUCAAAAGGAAGACAUGCUUAUUGCUUUAUUUUAUAGAACAAAUAAUACUAGAAAUAAAGACAAACAUAAUGCUUUCCUUAACAUUACUGAAAUAAGGAAGGGAAAUACUUAUCUACUAGACAUAUAUUUUAAUCAUUUAAAGACCAGUUUA